GGGCGCUCUAACGGCUAGGAGAUUUCAUUUUGUAAUUUGAAAUCUUGAACUGAAAAGUUCCCCAAAAGCUUUUUCUUUCAUACCCAAACAGAAGCAAACCCCCUCUUCUCUUCUUUGCUUCAUCGUAUUUUGCUUUCUAGGGUUUCAAUUUCGGAAACCCUCGCUCAUCGAAGCUUCUUCGAUUCCUUUCAGAAAUUGUAAGGCUUUUCAAGUACAGUACAGCACCGGAACCCGCCAAUGGAUCUUCCAAAAGAAGUCGACGAGUACAUCAAAGGGUCGAUUGAUUACACCGUAGGCCUUCCUGUCUCAUCUAAGACGCUUGAGUUGAAGCUUCGAUCAAUUGAAGAAGCGCAAACCCAACUUCGUGAUCGCUAUUUGCUACUACUGUCCCGAUUGAAGGAAAAAGAUCAAACCAUCGAACGCGUUAGGGCUGAAUCAAAUAUGAAUGCUAUAGCUUUGAAGAAGUUCAUCGAGGAAAAUCAGAAAUUGGCAUCUGAGUGCAAUAGUCUCUUGAGCCAGUGUAACAAAUGGGAACGAGAGUGUUCGUUAUAUGAUCGUGACAGGGAAGCACUGAUGGACUUUGGGAAUGAGGCUGAUCAACGUGCCAAGGACGCCGAGGUUCGCUGUCAAGAGUUGGAGGAGGAAAUGAAAGGAUUAUCAAAGGAACUGCUGUUCUAUAAGUCUCAACAUGAGAAGCGUGUGGCUGAUUCAUCUCUAGGCGCAACUACUCAAGACACCUUACUUGAGUCUGUUUUAGGGACAUUGAUUAAUGAGGAAAAUGUUGCGUUGGGGCGGUCAUUUCUAGAAGCUAACAGCAAUCACGAAUCAUGUCAAAAGUUGCUAGAAAUGUGGAAUUCUUUAAAGCCAUCAACUCAAAAAGUCCUGUCAAUGGCUUCCAAGUUAAAGGUACUAGAGAAUGAUAAGGAGCAUCUGAGAAUCAACCUUUGUAAAGCUGAAGAAGAGGUCAAGGUUCUCUUUGAAGAUAACAAUUUGCUAGAAGAGGAAAACAAGAAAUUGCUGUCACUAUGCUGUAAAGAAAGAAUCCACAAUGAUUCUAGUGGAAAGAAUGGAAGCAAUGUAUCAGCUAAGUCAAACAAGCGGAAGUCGUCUAGUUCAAGGAUUAGUAGCCCAAUUGAAAAGAAGCUUGAUUUUACUGAGGUAGAUACAACAAGAAAGCCCCUAUCACCAUUGCAAUGUAAUUCACCUAAAUCUAGAAUGUUUAAGAAGUGAAAGAUUGACUGUUAUGGUGUGAUUCUAUUAGAACAACUGUAGUUGGUAGGUUUUUAAGGAAAUGUACCAUUUCGAAGAGAAAUCAGAAGUUUUUUCUUUCUUUGGUAUAUGAUGCAACAAAUUUCUACAAUUAAUAUCCAUUUGUAAUUUUUUUUUUCCUUUCUCUUGUCACCGAGACAGCAACACAGCUCGGAUAAUAUGUGAAAUAGCCAGGGUGAUAAUAUGAAGUACAGCCCUUGUAGGUGAUUCGAAAAUGGCAAAUUUCAAGCAGUUUCUUA